AGCCUCCGAUGGAGGUGGUCUCAGUGCGGUGUUAUUGUGGAAAGACUACGUUUAGGUCUUGUUGUUCCGACAAAACUUGUAGUCACGGUGACAGGAGAAGUCUUCAAGGUUGAAAAAUGGUGGAGGCCGAGGUCUGAAACCUGGUCCUUCAGGGUUAUCAAGCUUUGUUCACUAGGAUUCCUGAGGAUGAGGAAUCACCAACUCGUUGGUUCUUUGGGAGACGAGUCAAUGCUUUUGGAUCAAGGCAUCACUGUGCUCGGCAAUGACGGAUUCAUUAGAGAUUCCAUCUAUUUCAGUGUUAAAAGGGAUAACACAAGUUCUAUCUUUGUUUUUAAUCUCAAGACAAAGAAGACAGAGCCGCUGCACAACUUUGAUUGUUCUUACCAAGGUUUACGCAAACAUGAUGGAUACCAACUACGUUAUUGA